AUGAACAUUUUGGGUGUGAGGUUUGCACCGUUAAACGUCCCGCUCGAAAGGAGGCUGCAGACCUUGGCUGCCGCGAUAUGGUUCAUCUGGACGGCCUUCGGCAACUUCAUCGCAGUCCUUAUCACGGCCUAUCUUCUAAUAUACACGCAGCUACGCUACCUUGUGUUAUUAUAUUUCCUUUGGAUGUACUACGACUGGGACACUUGCAAUCGCGGUGGCCGAAGUUAUGCGUGGACAAAACGAGCUAAAAAUAGUAUAUUCUGGCGUUACUUCUGCAACUACUUUCCGAUAAAGCUGGUGAAGACUGUGGACUUGGAUCCCGCGAAAUCUUACAUAUUCGUCUGCAUACCUCACGGCAUUCUAUCGAUAGGAUUAACGGGUGCGCUUGGAGUAGAAGCAUUAGACUGCAGGAAGCAGUUUCCCGGAUUGGAGAUGCAUGCGAUCAUUCUCGACCAGCAUUUCAAAGUACCCUUCUACAGGGAAUAUGUACUCUCGUUAGGUUGCUGCGCUGCCAACCCGAGAAGUAUCAAGUACUUAUUGUCGACACCGCCGAAGAGUCCGUUCACCGGCAGAGCGACGUUACUCAUCGUCGGCGGCGCCUCGGAAUCGUUCGAAUCGAUACCGGGCACAUAUCGCACCCUAGUGAAGAAGAGGAAGGGCUUCGUCAAAUUAGCAUUACAACACGGGUAA